AUGUCGUCCGUUUUGGCUAUUAUUGCAAUCUCCGUCGUCGUCCUAUUUAUAACUGUUAGUAAUGGACCUGUUGUUGGGGCUGCAACCAUUGGGCAAUCAAUACAGCCAGUUGUUCAACCAAAGGCUUUGUUAACUGUUGGACAAUGUCUGACUGCUUGUCGAACGAGUGUUACAGCUAUGGAAGUAUUCUGUCGUCUGGUACCACAUCCGGCUACACGUGCAGCAUGUUGGGCUAUCACAUACUAUGCCGAGGAAGCUUUACCGGUAUUUGCGGAGUUAACAGAUUUAAGUCAUUUUGUAGAAGAAGAAAUUUUAUUUUAUUUUGGUAAAGUUUUUGUAGUGCGCAGUGUUACUACUCAUAGUGCUGAAGAAGAAUAUUGGAAUGAUGUUACAGCUUUAUGGCAUAUUCAAUUAGAAACAACCGAUAAAGGUGUAAAAUUAGUUCGUGAUAAUAUUGAAUUAAACCGCUUAGAAUCAGCUGAAUCAAACAAUAUAGUUUUAUUUGGUCAACUUUUAUCUAACAUGGAAUUAUAUUAUCAUUCAAAAAGACAUUUUGAAUAUUUAUUGAACAAUUAUUCCGAAAGCUAUCUAAAUGCACUAAAUAUUCGUAAAGAAACUAUUUUAUUUCAUAUUGAUCGUUCACAUGAUUUACGUGGACGACUUUCAGAAGCAUAUAGCUAUUAUAAACAAACAUUAGAUAUACAAAUGAAUACUCAACCAUUAUUGAAUCGAAAAGAUAUUGCUCGAACUUUAAAUAAUAUUGGUAGCAUUUAUCAUAGUCGAAAUAUGUUUAAAUAA